CGCCAUUUUAACUUCCUGCUUUCAAAGGAGGAGAGAAAUCACUCGAACAGUACUCGAAGCGCUCGACCGUUUCGUUUAACAUAGGGGGUGAUUUUGUUUCUUUUUUUCUGAAAGGGGACACAAUCAAACGACUCCGAGUGGUUUCCAACCGUUCGAGUAGUUUACUUUCAGCCGGAGAGUCGCAAUGCCGAGCCACCCGCUGCGAGUAGCGGUUGUGUGCUCGAGCAACCAGAACCGCAGUAUGGAAGCGCACAAUAUCCUCAGUAAACGUGGAUUUGACGUGCGUUCAUUUGGGACUGGGACUCACGUGAAGCUACCUGGCCCUGCCCCAGACAAGCCGAAUGUGUACGACUUCAAAACAACAUAUGAACAGAUGUACAACGACUUGGUCCGCAAGGACAAGGAACUAUACACACAGAAUGGAAUCCUACACAUGCUUGACCGCAACAAGCGAAUCAAGUCCAACCCGGAGCGCUUCCAGAAGUGCAAGGAAAAGUUUGACCUGGUCAUCACCUGCGAGGAGCGUGUGUAUGACCAAGUACUGGAGGAUCUCAACUCGAGGGAGCAGGAGACCCUGCAACCCGUACACGUCAUCAACGUAGACAUUCAGGACAACCACGAGGAAGCAACGCUGGGCGCCUUCCUCAUCUGUGAGCUGUGUCAAUGUAUCCAACACACGGACGACAUGGAGAAUGAAAUAGACGAGCUGCUGCAAGAGUUUGAGGACAAGAGCAACAGGCCUUUCCUUCACACGGUCUGCUUCUACUGACCUGGCCUGCAAUAAGCACACACACACACACACACACACACACACACCCAAACACUCGCUCUCGCACGUCGCAUGUGACGUGCACACGUAGAGCUUUGUGACAGGACCUGGCUGAGGUAUGAUGUGUAAGCAGCGGUGCGGCUUGCCUCAAUGCAGAGGUGCUGCCUUUCGCCUUUUACUCCUGCUCAUCAAGGUCAAACCACGCCCCCUCAGGGAGCGCCGUGAUGUCACGGCUAGUCCCAACAUUUGACGCUCUGAUUUGCUCCAGUGCAUCGUAAUUAUGCUUUUUUUUUUGUGAUCUCUAGUGGUGAUUGCUAUUUUAGUGGGCUCCUGCACCUCUGUAAAUGUUUUAUUGAGCCAUGCAGGAUGGACAAUGAACUGAAAGAAAUGUUUGUGUUGUGGAUUAGUUCCGUUAAAAAUUCGAGCUGAUGAAUAACCAAACCUCGACGUCCUCCCCGAGUGUAUUUUGAUAUUCAAAUGAUGAUGCUGUCUUUCAGGGCGUACCUCUUUCUUUCUUUUUUUUCUUUUGUAUAUGUUCUUAUAUAAGAAAAUGAUGCAUUGUCAGCUCAGAGUGCCUGAUUUGUACAUAGGAAUCUACUAAAAGAAUCUAAGAAUCAUUUGUGGCUCAAUUGUUGUUUCUGUAGGAUCCUGGUCACAUGAGCGUGUCCUGUGACGGCUUCACCCUUGUUGCAUGAAACGCUUUGCAUUCAGGCCAGCAAAUUGUGCUCAUCUAAUCCUAAGUCUAAAUGCAGUGGCCCACCACAGACACAUUUGGAGCGCCACAGAUAGAUUGGUGCCAGCUGUCGUGUGGAAAACAAUGAAGUAGGAAUAGUCUACAUGUAUUUUCAUCCACAUCUUAGUGCAUGCAUGUUAGUCUUUUAUCCCCGAUAAUCAGGAAUGCAGCAGCUCAUGUUGAUUUCCAGGGAAUGGACUCUUGCCACCAUUUGAUCGUUAUUUUAAUUUCAGCAGUACUUCAAUUGAGGCACUUAAAAAAAAAAAAAUAGCCUGUUUUCUGUGGUAACUGCAGCUGCCACAAACGUCAUUUCAAUGUCGUACGUCAGGGCUGUCCAAACUUUCCAGUGAGGGCCACAUAGUGAGAAAGGAAUUUUGUCUGAUAUAUGCCUAUUAGUAUGAAUGUCACUCUUUACUCUUUUUCUCUUUUUUGCUGUUCUUAAUUUCCCAAACGUUUCAACUUUGUACAUUUUUUUUAUGACUUUGCCAAAAAUUUUGGCUUUGUUCCUAUAAUAAUGUAACUUUUUUCCCCUAUUUAAUUUUCCAAAAAAUAUUUUGUUCCUCAUAUUACAACUUUGAAAAAACACUUUCUGUAAUAGUUCAAUUCGAUGCUGUUAAAACAUUUUUCGUUACGAGCUUAUUCUUGUAAAAUUGCUACUUUUCUUCACGUUAGAAUACAACUUUUUCUUAAUCGUUUGACUUUAUUCUUGUAAAGUUACAGCUGUUUUUUCCAUAUUCUGCAGGGGUUUUUUUUUUUUCAAUUUUCCAACUAUUUCAAGUUUCUUUUUGUACAUUUUCUUCUUGUAAUUAGCUUUAAUCCCUCAUUUUGACUUCUCAUAACCUUUUCCACAAUUUGGUUAAUUUUCCAAAAAUUACAACUCUUACUAAAAAAAAAAAAAGGAAUAUUUAUACUUUAUGCUACUAAAAUGACAUUUUUCCUCAUUGUUAUUCUCAUAAAAUUUUACUUUUUCUCGUUAGAUUACAACUUUUUUUCGUAAUAUUUGGAUGUUAUUUUUGUAAAACUGCUGUUUCCAUUUUUACUUUGUUGUGAAAUAAUUUUAUAAUUGGGCUACUUCGGGCACCCCUGAUGAAACAGAUGAACGGUUAUAGUGGUUCUAAAAAACAUCACUUUAAUCAUUCUUCUCUCCAUUGUGCACAUUUUCUAUGAGGUUACAGACAGGCAAGGUUAGUUUCCUCCCACAACACAAUCAUAUGAGCCAGUCAAGGAGAGUCCCCAACAUGUCUUAGGACACAAUGACAAUGACUCGUUCAAGAUUGAUGAUUCACAUAUUUCAUCCACAAAUCAAACCGGAGUUCCAUCUUUUGGAGGAGAGCCGGCCUUGUCCCCUCUGUCCAUGACGCCUUCACUGCCAGGGGCAGGCCGGUUGAAACCAGCUUUGACAGCUUCUUCACAGCCCGCUCCGACUGGGGAAGAAGAGCUUUGAGGCUGUGCUGUCCUCUGUUGAGGUAGACUGUCACCUUGGAGGAGCGGCGUGAUCACCUCCUGCGCCUGAGGCGUCUCGCUGAGGGGCAGAUUGAAGCCCAUUUUACUUCCGCCGGCGCCCCCUGCUGGCGGGGGAGUGAGGGUCUUGGUCUGAGCCUCCUCUUCGGCACGCAGCCAGUCCAUCUUCUGCUGGUGCUGCUUGACGGCGUCAUCCACGCGGGCGUCGAUCAUGGCCUCCGUCAGAACGCCGUCCUCAGAGGAAUAAGCCGCUGCCUGUGAUGAGACAUCAGGGGGGUCGUCAGCCAGGCUUUUUUGUUUACUUUCAACUGGGAUAUUUCUGACUUCAACGCAGCACAAUUUGUCAGUGCCAAGACUGAUAUCACUGCAAUGCAAUAUGGUAGCACUCAGUGCUGUGGUGUGGGAAUUCUUUAAAAAUAAAAAAUAAAUCACAUAAAAGUGUGCUAAGUCCAGACCAUGGGCCCUUUGUGGGCCCUUAAAAAAAAUUAAAUUAACAUACCAUCCAUCAGAUCAUUGCAAAGAAUGAUUAAUGCCACAGAAAAAAAUGUUAGACAAAAAAAGUUAUUGUUAAAAAAAAAAUAGCAGCCCGUCAUU